AAUUCCCCUCAAAACGCCUCCAGGGCCUGGGGGCGGUCGUGGAGGACCAGGAGGAGGAGGCGGAGGGGAUGAGGCGGUAGUGGCAGCGGCGAAGGCGGUGGACAAGCAGUGCUGGCGAGGGGCACCGAGCCGGGAGACGGAGGCGUUGGACGUCUCCGCGGUGUGCGCCCACAGCGGGCAGGCGGGACCAGCGUGGGAAAGCUGCGGGCCGUUGUGGACGGCGUCCUCGGCACAAUGGUCGGGCUCCUCUGGGUUUUCUUCCCAGCUAUCUUCUUGGAGAUGUCCCUUUUCCCCAGAAGCCCCGGCAGGAGACUGUUGCUGGCGGGAGCGUCGUCUCAGCGCUCGGUGGCCAGAAUGGACGGAGAUGUCAUCAUCGGGGCUCUCUUCUCUGUCCACCACCAGCCUCCGGCCGAGAAGGUGCCGGAGAGGAAGUGUGGGGAGAUCAGGGAGCAGUAUGGCAUCCAGAGGGUGGAGGCCAUGUUCCACACGUUGGAUAAGAUCAACGCGGACCCGGUGCUUCUGCCCAACAUCACCCUGGGCAGUGAGAUCCGAGACUCUUGCUGGCACUCCUCUGUGGCUCUGGAGCAGAGCAUUGAGUUCAUCAGAGACACUUUGAUUUCCAUGAGAGAUGAGAAGAAUGGGUUCAACCGGUGCCUGCCUGACGGCCAGCCCUUCCCCCCAGGCAGGACUAAGAAGCCCAUCGCGGGUGUGAUUGGCCCGGGCUCCAGCUCCGUGGCCAUUCAAGUGCAGAACCUGCUCCAGCUCUUCGACAUCCCCCAGAUCGCUUAUUCCGCUACAAGCAUCGACCUGAGUGACAAAACUUUGUACAAAUACUUCCUGAGGGUUGUCCCUUCUGACACUUUGCAGGCAAGGGCGAUGCUUGACAUAGUCAAGCGUUACAAUUGGACCUAUGUCUCCGCAGUCCACACGGAAGGGAAUUAUGGAGAGAGUGGAAUGGAUGCUUUCAAAGAGCUGGCUGCCCAGGAAGGCCUCUGCAUCGCCCAUUCAGACAAAAUCUACAGCAAUGCUGGGGAGAAGAGCUUUGACCGACUCCUGCGCAAGCUCCGAGAGCGGCUUCCCAAGGCCAGAGUGGUGGUCUGCUUCUGUGAAGGCAUGACCGUCCGAGGACUUCUGAGCGCCAUGCGGCGCCUUGGUGUGGUGGGCGAGUUCUCACUCAUUGGAAGUGAUGGAUGGGCAGACAGAGAUGAAGUCAUUGAAGGUUAUGAGGUGGAAGCCAACGGGGGAAUCACCAUAAAGCUGCAGUCUCCAGAGGUCAGGUCAUUUGAUGAUUAUUUCCUGAAACUGAGGCUGGACACUAAUACGAGGAAUCCCUGGUUCCCUGAGUUCUGGCAACAUCGGUUCCAGUGCCGCCUACCAGGACACCUUCUGGAAAACCCCAACUUUAAAAGAAUCUGCACAGGCAAUGAAAGCUUAGAAGAGAACUAUGUCCAGGACAGUAAAAUGGGGUUUGUCAUCAAUGCCAUCUACGCCAUGGCCCAUGGGCUGCAGAACAUGCACCACGCACUCUGUCCAGGCCACGUGGGCCUCUGUGAUGCCAUGAAGCCCAUUGAUGGCCAAAAACUCCUGGACUUCCUCAUCAAAUCCUCGUUCAUCGGCGUAUCUGGAGAGGAGGUGUGGUUUGAUGAAAAAGGGGAUGCUCCUGGAAGAUAUGAUAUCAUGAAUCUGCAAUACACUGAAGCUAAUCGCUAUGACUAUGUACAUAUUGGAACCUGGCAUGAAGGGGUGCUGAACAUUGAUGAUUACAAAAUCCAGAUGAAUAAGAGCGGAGUGGUACGGUCUGUGUGCAGUGAGCCUUGCUUAAAGGGUCAGAUUAAGGUCAUACGGAAAGGGGAAGUGAGCUGCUGCUGGAUUUGUACAGCCUGCAAGGAGAAUGAAUAUGUGCAAGAUGAGUUCACCUGCAAAGCUUGCGACUUGGGGUGGUGGCCCAAUGCAGAUCUAACAGGCUGUGAACCAAUUCCUGUCCGCUAUCUCGAGUGGAGCAACAUAGAAUCCAUCAUUGCUAUUGCCUUCUCUUGCCUGGGCAUCCUUGUUACCUUGUUCGUCACCCUCAUCUUUGUGCUGUACCGGGACACACCAGUGGUCAAAUCUUCCAGUCGAGAGCUCUGCUACAUUAUCCUAGCUGGCAUCUUCCUCGGUUACGUGUGCCCUUUCACUCUCAUUGCCAAACCUACCACCACGUCCUGCUACCUCCAGCGCCUCCUGGUUGGCCUCUCCUCUGCCAUGUGCUACUCUGCUUUAGUGACCAAAACCAAUCGCAUUGCACGCAUUCUCGCUGGCAGCAAGAAGAAGAUCUGCACCCGGAAGCCUAGGUUCAUGAGUGCCUGGGCCCAGGUGAUCAUUGCAUCAAUUCUGAUCAGCGUGCAGCUAACACUGGUGGUAACCCUGAUCAUCAUGGAGCCCCCCAUGCCCAUUCUGUCCUACCCAAGCAUCAAAGAAGUCUACCUUAUCUGCAACACCAGCAAUCUGGGUGUGGUGGCCCCUGUGGGCUACAAUGGGCUACUCAUCAUGAGCUGUACCUACUAUGCCUUCAAGACCCGCAACGUGCCCGCCAACUUCAACGAGGCCAAAUAUAUCGCCUUCACCAUGUACACCACCUGCAUCAUCUGGCUAGCUUUUGUGCCCAUUUACUUUGGGAGCAACUACAAGAUCAUCACUACCUGCUUUGCAGUGAGCCUCAGUGUGACGGUGGCCCUGGGGUGCAUGUUCACUCCCAAGAUGUACAUCAUCAUUGCGAAGCCUGAGAGAAAUGUCCGCAGUGCCUUCACCACCUCUGAUGUAGUCCGCAUGCAUGUUGGUGAUGGCAAGCUGCCCUGCCACUCCAACACUUUCCUUAACAUCUUCCGAAGAAAGAAACCAGGGGCGGGGAAUGCCAAUUCUAAUGGCAAGUCUGUGUCAUGGUCUGAACCAGGUGGAAGACAAGUGUCCAAAGGACAGCACAUGUGGCACCGCCUCUCUGUGCACGUGAAGACCAGUGAGACGGCCUGCAACCAAACGGCCGUCAUCAAGCCCCUCACUAAAAGUUACCAAGGCUCCGGCAAGAGCCUGACCUUUUCAGAUACCAGCACCAAGACCCUUUACAACGUGGAGGAGGAGGAUGCCCAGCCGGUUCGCUUUAGCCCUCCCAGCAGCCCUUCCAUGGUGGUGCACCGACGCGUGCCACCGGCAGUGACCACCCCUCCUCUGCUGCCCCACCUGACUGCAGAGGAGACCCCCCUCUUCCUGGCAGACCCGGUCAUCCCCAAGGGGUUGCCCCCUCCCUUCCAGCAGCAGCAACUUCAGCAGCAACCGCAACAGCAGAAAUCUCUGAUAGAUCAGCUGCAGGGCGUCGUCAACAACUUCAACACUGGGAUCCCCGACUUCAGCGCAGUGCUCGCUGUCCCCGGGGGCCUGGGCAAUGGAGUGCGGUCCCUGUACCCACCCCCGCCGCCCCCGCAGCACCUGCAAAUGCUCCCACUGCAGCUGAGCACCUUCGGGGAAGAGCUCAUCUCCCCCCGAGCAGAGGACGAGGACGACAGCGAGCAGUUUAAGCUCCUUCAGGAGUACGUGUACGAGCGGGAGGGAAACACUGAGGAAGAUGAGCUGGAAGAGGAAGGGGAGGACCUGCCUGCAGCCAGCAACCUGACCCCAGAGGACUCGCCUGCCCUGACGCCCCCAUCGCCUUUCCGAGACUCGGUGGCCUCAGGUAGCUCGGUGCCCAGCUCCCCCGUGUCCGAGUCGGUGCUCUGCACCCCUCCGAACGUGACCUACGCCUCUGUCAUUCUGAGGGACUAUAAGCAAAGCUCUUCCACUCUGUAGUAAGGAGGUGUCCACGUAGAAAAGCAAGCUAAGUCAGGAAGCCCGGUCUCCAGAGAUGUGCGAAAAGCUGGGAGGAGAAGCACGGGAAGGAGAGGGCAAAGUGAACAGGAAGGGAAGAGAACGCUGCUGCUGCUGCCUGAAGCAAGGAGAGAGGGAGCGAUGCAGUACUCUGCAAGCAAAAAAUAAAUAAAUAGAUAAACGAUCCAGGCAAGGGUUCUGAUUUUUCAAUUAUUCAAAAGCCUUCUCUGGGAAGAAGGGGAAUUC